UUCCUCGGGGCCGCGCGCCGCACGUAACCGAGCGGUAGCUGAUCGCGCGGGUCGGAAGUCCGAUUCCGAGAGGGAAAAAAGAUACAAAAAACAAAACAACAUUAAAUAAACACUGUCAAAAGUUUUCGAAUAUGGAUCACGACACAGAAUAUUAACCUGUGGAUUGAUAAAGCAGCGUUAGGGCUUAUAUAUAAGCGCACAUAAGGCGGAUUCAGGGGCGCUGAGGCAGUUUACGUUAACGUUAGCUGCUGUUGCUAACGCACGAGACCUCCUCACUGAUCUCUGACUUGACUUUCAACUCUAUAGCAAUAUAUAUUUCAACUAUAGACUCCAUAGUUCGAAGGGAUUUAAAAAAAAAGAAGGCAGGUGUGAAUAGAGGUAGUUUUAGUGAGUUUACAGGAGGGGGUUCGUCUCGUUUUCGGCGGCCCUUGUUGUCGAGGCCUGCUGCAUGAGGAGUCCGUUGCACAGGUUAAAACAACGAGCUCGAAAUAAACACGUUUGCUGAUAAGUUUAAACCACGUCGAUUCAGAGGUGAAGAUGUCGGCCCAGGCGCAGAUGAGAGCCAUGCUGGACCAGCUGAUGGGCACUAGCAGAGAUGGAGACACAAUGCGUCAGAGAAUAAAAUUUACAGAUGAGCGUGUUUGUAAGAGUCAUCUGCUGGAGUCCUGUCCUCAUGACAUACUGUCAGGAACUCGCAUGGAUUUGGGGGAGUGUGUAAAAAUUCACGAUCUCGCUUUGAGGGCAGACUUUGAGAUUGCAUCUAAACAGCAGGAGUUUUUCUUUGAACUGGAUGCCACGGAGCACCUGCAGUCCUUCAUCGCAGACUGUGACCGGAGAACAGAACUGGCUAAAAAGCGAUUGGUUGAAACCCAGGAGGAGAUCAGUGCGGAGGUCGCCGCUAAGGCGGAGCGCGUGCACGAGCUGAACGAGGAGAUCGGGAAGCUGCUGGCUCGUGCGGAGCAGUUGGGCAGCGAGGGGAAUGUUGAUGAGGCACAACAAUUGCUGGAGAAGGUAGAGAAGACUCGCACCCUGAAAAAAGAGGCAGAGGACAUAUAUCGCAACUCCAUGCCUGCCUCCAGCUUCCAGCAGCAGAAGCUGCGAGUGUGUGAGGUUUGCUCCGCCUACCUCGGCCUCCACGACAACGACCGCCGCUUAGCCGACCACUUUGGGGGCAAGUUACAUAUAGGUUUCAUCGAAAUCCGUGAAAAAUUAGAGAAACUGAGGAAAAUCGUAGCGGAGAAACACGAGCGCAUGCGGAUGAGAAGACGGGAGGAGAGAGACAAGGAGGAUGAACUAACCAGAGAGGGGGAGGUGGAGAGAGAUAAGGAGCGAGAGCAUGAACGCGAGAGGGAAAGAGAGAGAGAGAAGGAGAGAGACAGAGAGAGGGACCGCAGGAGGUCGGUAACCCUCUUAGAUGACAGUUAUGUUCUGUUAAAGGAUGCAGGAAGCUCGUCUUCUCAUCGCUCUCGGCGACACCGAGAGGAAGGAGAGAGGGAGAGAGAGAGGAAACACAGACACAAAGAACACCAUCGUUCUCGCUCCCACUCGCAUAGAAGCAAGAGGAAGAGGUGCCCGUCAUCACACACAAGAGAUCAAGAACAAUCUCAGUCCCAGGAAAGAGGGAGGGAGAGCGGUCCAGAGGAGAAGUAUAGAGAUAACGGACGACGGGACAUAGAGAAAGAGAGAUCCCCCUCCACACCGGACAUGACCCAAGAGCGAGAGAGAUCGGUCUCGCUGGAGAGAGAUCAGCGCUCUAGCUCCGAGGAGAGAGAGUCAGGCGAGAUCUAGAAGAGAAAUUAAAGAGAGAUACUUUUAAAUACUGCAGCUUCUGUUUCCCGUUCUGUACAUACACACAAACACUGAUCUGUCAAUAACCGGAUUUUACUUUCAUCUGGUUAUUAAUACAUCAGUGAAGCCGAGCGCCUACGGAGCCAAAGCCAACACAAUGUUCCGAGCGUUUGUUAGUGAGAUCAGCCCUUAUAUUUGAGAUUCAAAGAACGCCUCUGAUGUAAACACCACAUGUACAUGUUGCGUGAUCUAGUUGGCCUAAAUUAGUCGGCAAACCAAAAUAAUAAUUGAUGAAAGUAAAGCGAGGUGAGAGAUAGUAGAUUUUGUUGAGAAGAGGAAGAUGUGGAUGAAGGAAAUACUGGCUUGAAUUACUGAACCAACACUGAAGAUGUCUUGUUCAUCCUUUUAAACUGGCAUCCUUUUUUAAUGAUUUUGAUGUGGAUAUUAUUUUUCCCUUGGUUUAUUUUGAUAUGGAUAUAAACGCAACUGUACUGCGCAGUAGGCAGAAUGUCAUUUAUUUUCCCACACAAACCAAACCACUCAUUUGUCACAGAAAGCACACAUUUGUAGCUUGGCUUACAUUGCGAGCAAACUGUCAUGGUACCGUUUAAAUUGCAACAUUUCUCCUUUUAUCGCUUUUUCGUUUUGCAGUGUUGAGGGGCUUUUUUGAGGCUUCUUCUUGCCAUGCCAUUAUGCUAUGAAACAAUAAAUUUGUUGCUUCGAUUGUUUA